UUCUUGUGUGUGUGAGAGAGUGUGUGUGUUUUUGUGUGUGUGUGUGUGUGUGUGUGUGUGUGUGUGUGUGUGUGUGUGUGUGUGUGUGUGUGAGUGAGUGAGUGUGAGUGUGAGUGUAUGUUAGUGUGUGUAUGUAUGUGUGUGUGUGUGUGCGCGCGCGCGUGUGUGGAGUCUUCAGCACACUCAAACCUGCGCAACAGUUGCGCAAUCCAACCGUCUAUCAACAGGAACUUGAUGAACCUCUCGUUCGCUUCCCGUCAUGCCUUUCUCGUCAGCUGAUUAGAUCGCCUCGGUAGAGCUUUUAUUUUCCUGAAUCAGUGAAUGAGAGUGACAGCUUUCUCUGCAAUAUCACGCGGCUCAUGCUCUUAUUAUAUCAGGUGAGACGAGGUGAGAAAACAAAACAACCACGAAAGCGUGUCGGUAUUUCAAAUCCCACCACGAGAGAUAAACACAACAAACAUGUAUGUGAAGUGUUUCUAAUCAAAACUAGAGGAGACAUGCUGGCAACCCAAACACCCGAGAGCGGCCCAGAGGCAAAACAUGUUAAACAGUGGAUCAAGGAAAAGAUAGCACGAACGCUGAAAGCCCUGCAGAAGCGUUACAUCACCACAGACACAGCAGUGACCAGUGAGGACCUGGAAGCUAACCUGCUGUGUUGUGCUCUGGAAGCUGUCUUCAUCCACGGCAUCAAGAGCAAGUUCAUCAGACUAGAUGGAGGAGGUUAUGGACGUAAAGGAGGGUCACGAGGAGCCCUUCCUCAGCCCGUCUUCUGGAGCCUGCUUAAGACUGUCACCCACAGGGAUGUAGUUCAAGAACUUGAACGUCUUAGCUUCAUAAACUCAGACAUCGGCCGCUGUAGAGCAUGGGUUCGCCUGGCGCUGAACGACGGGCUUCUGGAGUGUUACCUGACCUCACUGCUCCGCGAGGGGUCCAACUUGGGCUCCUACUACCAGCCAGGAGCCCUUCUCAUGGACCCAGAGGACCGUGAGGUUCUUCUCACCCUCCUGCAGGGCUUGGCCUCGCUGACUUUCCAGCUGUCCUACAAAUCAGCUGUACUGAAUGAGUGGACCAACACACCGCUGGUUCUUGCGGGUCUAUGCCCCCCCACGCCUGCCGACGAGCAACAGCUUUGCCCAGAACGCAAGGAGUCUUGGGAUACGGUCUCCCAGUCAUCGGGAGGGUCCGGAGGCUCAGAUUGGGCUCAGGAAGCGCUUCAGAGGGAGCCGAGGAAGGAGCAGAGCGAGGGCUGUGAGCCGAGCACACCUCUGACCUCAUCAAACCUGAGUUUGGAUACGUCAGGCUCAUCGCAGCUGUCCUCCAGCCUGAGCUCUGAUAGUCUGCUGCAGGGUCAGGAGCUCAGGAGUCCGGAGAAAGAACGCUGGAGCUGUGAUGUCGACAUCAGCCGCAAUGCACAACAGAAGAACACCCUUUCGGAAGUGAGCAGCUCCUGUAGUCAGGACUUGAUGAAGGAAGACUUUGAUGUUUUCAUACCUGCUCCAGACAACCUGAGUGUUGCUGCCACACAUGGGAUCUCAGACGGCGAAGUGCACAUACCUGAUGCCCUGAUGCCUAACCCAACUGCACAGGACAUGCACCAAUCAGACACACUCUUCACAGAGGCUUCUGAACCUUGCUUAGAAAAGAUAUCCACAGAAACAUUGCAGGAGACCGGAAAAGAAAAAGUGUCUGAGACUCUAGUUGAAACCGCAAGACUGAAAGUUAGAAAUGCAGUCACUGAGAUUAACGAACGUGAGAAGAAGAGAGAGAACAGAGACUCUUCUUUUGGUUCCCCUGAAGUUUCUUCUCUCAACGAGACUGCAGAGAAGACCUCUGACCUUAAAGACCCUGACACUUUUACUUUAGAGAACUCUCCUGCCUCUGAUCCAAUGGAAAAUUCCAGGCAUGCUGUGCUUAAACAUUCCACAAGUAUUGUGAGAAGGAGAACAUCUUCUGACUCCCUGUAUUCCUCCUGUAAAUCCACAUCUUGGAUAUCAGAGGAGGACUUCUACAAACCUGAAGAAACUGGCAAUUCUGUAGGGCAUGCCAUCAUUGAUGUUACACAAAUGAAUGGUCAGGUGACACCCACCCCUGAACCAGACAGUCUCCAGUCACCACCUAGUGUUGUUCACCGGAGACAGAACGGUCUGCUUAACCCAUUCAGGGGUCUGCUAAAGCUGGGUCAGCUGGAGCGCCGGAGUGCGGUGGGCAUGUGGUGGGAUUACUACUGUGAGCUCUCUCCCUUUGAGUUGCGGCUUUACAUCAACGCAGAGGAGCGCACCUGCUACGAAAACCUGUCCCUGCUGCGCUGCGUGGACGUCCACCUGUCCUCCAGUACUGAGGGACGUUUCUGGCUCUCCUUCCCAGGCAAGAGACUCUACCUGCGAGCGCCGUCUCGAGGGGAGGCUGAAGACUGGGUUGACCGCAUCAUGGAGGCUGUCUGCAAACUACGACCCAUGCUGAAGGACGAGCAGUGGGAGGUGCUACAAACGCCAAAUGACCAAGAAGUCCCAUCGCCACCCUCAAGCCCCGAGUGCACCAUCACAGAACUGCCUGAUUCUCCUCAUUUAGACUGGACCCGUCAUACAGACCCAGAACCGGAUGCUAUCAAGGAGACGGUGGUCUAUCAGAACGUGGACAAGAAGGGAUGGAGGUCUCUGGUGCUAUCGCUCUCCCUGGAAACCCUCAGGGCUUACCGGGUCCAAGAAGACUCCAAGAGGCCCCUAUUCUCUCACCCCAUAGGGACAAUCAGGGAUGUGGUUCCAGAUGUUUCUCUAGGUAGCCCUGCAUUCUUCAAGGUUCUGACUGCGCAGGAAACCCUGACUUUGAGAGCAGAGAGUGGCGAGGAAGCGCGUGGAUGGAGGAGCCUCAUCAGAGGAGCGCUCGACUCGUAUCUGGAGAGGGAGGAUGACGGGACAGUUGAGGGUGUCUCAUCGCCCAAUGGUGGGCAAGAGGGGAAAGUUCACAGGCUGGUCCAACACAGGCUGAAGGGAGAUGGGGCGCUGCUGUCUCACUUGUCCAUUGUCCCCAAAGAGAGAGGACUAGACGCACAAAAUUACAAAUGUGCAGGUUGCUCUAGGCAGAUCGGUUUGUCUCUGGGAAAAGCUCGACUCUGUGAGUUCUCAGGUCAGUACUACUGUGAGACCUGUCACCAAGGAGACACAAGCAUCAUCCCCUCUCGCAUGGUGCACAACUGGGACCUAACAUCACAUGAGAUCUCAAGACAAGCCCUGAAGUUGCUGGCUCAAGUAGAGCACGAGCCUCUCCUGAACUUCGACACUUUAAAUCCUGACCUGUUUGAUCAUACUGACAUCAUGUCUACAGUACAGAGCCUCAGACAGAGACUCUGUUUCCUUGGUGACUACCUCCUAAUGUGCCGCAGUGGGAUCAGCAAGCAAAUCCUGGCGAGACUUCAACAGAGGAGUUACUUAAUGGAGAAUAGAGAUGUAUACAGCAUAUUGGACUUGCAACAGAUAGCAGAUGGGCACUAUGAAUCUUACCUGCAGUCUCUGAUUCAGUUUGGCUCCAAACACGUGCACAACUGUGACCUUUGCACCCAGAGGGGUUUUAUUUGUCAGAUCUGCAAUACAGGCAACAUCAUCUUCCCUUUUCAGCUUGAGAGCACUUCCAGACCUUUGGCUCAUAGUUGUGUCGGCAGUUUCCUCACUAGACCUACGGGGAUUCAUGUGAAUCCAAAACUGGUGUCAUGUGUGUAAGACGGUGUUUCAUGCUUCCUGUAAAGCUCAGUGUCCGGUCUGUCCACGCUGCAUGAGAAUACAGAAAUACUUGGAGAGAGACUUGGAGGACUGACAACCACGGAAAUGUUCAUAUUUCAUGUGUUUCUGUAGCUGCCAUAUUUGACAGUACUCAAGCUCCAGGGUUAGUUUGAUCGGAAUACUUCAUAAAAGUUCUAAUCUAAUGCUGCCUUCACAUCUCGUAAGAAUUACUGUAAUUAAGAGAUGACAGCUGAGAUUCUACGUCUUUGGACUUGGGCAUUAUUAGUUUCAAUGGCAACACACAUAACGCCAUUUUGGAUCUAUGUGCAGCAUUGUUGUUGUUCAUUUGGAAACACUUAAUCACUACAUUAAUUUAUCUCUAUACUGCACUGCAAAGGCAAAACGCAGUAACUACACAUUUUGUCAAGUUAUAACUAAGAAAUUCAGUGUUACUGUUUUUUAAUCCACAUUUGGCUGGACCAUCCAACUUGAAAUUGCGAAUUAGACAAAAACGAGCAGUUUUUACUAAUCAGAAAGUCAUAACAAUGGUAAUUUAGACAUUUUCAGACCAUCUUUGUGUUGCAUUUCACAUGAAGCAUUUUACAAGACUCAUCGGAAACCUUAAGUGCCCUUAUUUACAAACAUGUACAUAUUUACGCACCUCAACUGGAAAAUGUACAGUACAUUCAUGUAUAAAGUGUCAGGUUUGUGCUUUGAAUCAUAUGUCUUAUAAUUUCUUCUCGGUUCUCUUUUUUGAUUAGUCAUUAUUCAUUAGAUCAGGCCAAGGAACAUAUUUAUGAAACUUAUUAGGCAACUAAAUGUCAAGGAUCUUAUUACUCUUGUUCUUGUAAAGUAAUAUUUUUGCGUGGCUCUAGUCAUCUGAAUGACACAUGCCAAGUAUUAAAUGUUUACAAAACAUUGUAUGCAGUAAUAGGCAUACUCUUGGAUAUGCAAAAAUGGUAUGCAUUAAGAGUGAAAAUGAAAUGUGCAUGAAAUGAAGACAACAUACUUUAACAAGUCAAGUUUUUUUUUUAUUAUACAUACUGUGCCUUUAAUUUCAAGUUUCAGUUUUAUUGUAGCAUUUGUUAUCACCAAAAUGGGUUGUGCCAAAAAUGUAAUUAUUAUAAAGAUGUGAAUUAUUAGCAAAGCAACUUCAUUGCUGACAUUCAUCUCUGUGGAUGAUACAAAAGAUAAAGAUAAAAUCUGUUUCCUGGUUUAAUGAACCAGGAUGAACCUCUUGCAUAGAAGCUGUUUUCUGAUAGAUUAUGGUUUACUGAUGUUUCAUUAGCACUUGUUUUAAAUCCGAAACUGAAAUGGAGGGAGUGAAUGCACAAAUGUAGUGUGGG